AUGUUUUUGUUACUUGUUUUAUUUUGUCAGUUUUUAUCAAAUUCCGCAGAUUUCAACAAGGAUUUGAAAGAACUCAAAGCGCAAAAUUUAUGUGACAACAAAUGCAUAUUCAACCACUUUGAACUAACUUCUGAAACUAUUGAUUUUUUCCCGAAAAAGUGCGAGACAGUAUGCGGGUUUCUAAUGAUAAACUCGAACUCUAACUUAACAGAGGAGAAAUUGAAAGUAGCAUUUAAAGAUAUGUCCGAGCUAGUUGGAGGCUUAACAAUUGAUAAUUCAAGUCUGGAAAGCUUAUCAUUUUUCAAAUUGAACAAGAUAACAAAGGCAUUCCAUCUAGUUUGUUUGGAUAACCAUGGGGUAUCACUAGUUAACAACUCAAAACUUUCCAAUAUCAAUAUUCUAACUGACUUCUAUUUCUUAUCAAUAAACCUGAAAGAAUGUCUUUUCCACGUGGCAGAUAAUAAAAUUCUCGACGCAACCACACUUUGUGAGCGCGGGGAGAUUCUUCAGCUAGUUGGUCUAGAAGUUUUUGGGAAUUUGAAGGAUUGCCGAUGUCGUGGAGACCUUAUCACAACUGAUAACAUACAGGAGUACCAAAACUGUACGGUGCUUAAUGGAGGACUACGGCUGUCGAAUUUUACUUCGGUGGAUCAGCUGACUGCGUUGUCAGAGGUCACUUUUAUCAAAGGAGAUGUGGAGAUUAGCUGGAAUGGCUUUAAGGAUUUAUCGUUUCUGGGAAAACUCAAAACUAUUGCCGGGAGGAAUGAAGAUGGGCGGGUUUUGGCAAAUAUUCAUGAUAAUUAUGCAAUGACACGUUUUGGAUGGGAAAAGUUGGGAAUGCUCUACGACUCUAACUUUAUCCGCUAUUCCAUGAACAUUGAGAAUCUACACCCCGAUUUCUGUCUGACAAUCGCCGAAAUGUUAGUUUUCCUCGCAAUGUCCACUAUCAAUUUCGAAAAUAUACAAGCCAAAUAUUGCGAAGAUGAGGAUGGAGGACUAUUCCAAAAAUUUUGUACAUUUCAAAACUUAUCCACUCUCGACGAAAACUGUAACGCAAUUUUUGGAGAUGUUGUAUUUGGAGAAAACGAUGGAAGGUAUAUGUCCAAGUUUUUUGGUGUGGGCUUUAUAUUUGGGUCAGUGACUGUUCAAAAUACCAAGACAGAAGGCUUAAAGUUUUUGGACAACUUAUCACAUGUUGCUUCUUUGGAUGCAACUCUCCCAGCAAUAUCUAUCACUUCUAACCAAUAUCUCAAAAGCGCCAAACUGAACAACCUAAUGAGUGUAAUCGCGGAGAGCAAGAAAGAAGUUGUACUUCGUGAUAAUUCCAUGUUGAUCAAUGGGAAUAAACAAUGCAAUUAUAAAAUUAACGAUAACACCGGAACUGAUAUCAAGGUUGAGAUUCAGGAUUGUGAAGCAAAGAGAAAAUCUGGAUUUGGAAUUGAAUUUGUGCUCCUUUUAUUAAUCUCACACAUAGUGUUCCUUUAA